UUGAAAAAAGUUUUAAAAUUGUAAAUUUAUUCUUAUAGCCAUAUGUAGGAUAUAAGGAUUUAUAUAGAUUAUUUUCUCAAGCUACUUAAUGCUUUGAUUCUAGCUACCCAUCGUGAAAUAGUAAGUAAACAGUUUUAAUGAAAUAAACUCUAUAGAUAGAUGCAGUAUGAGGAGCUAGUAAAGUAGAAAAUUUAUUUUGCUUUGCACAAAAAAGUUUGUUUUAGCAGACAGCCUCAAGUAGGUUUCUAUAACAGCCAUUACCUUUGAAAUCUAUCUUCUGUAGUUUAACAUAAAUAGGAAAAUAUCCUGAUUCUGUAGCAAGUAAAUUGUUUGCUCUUUGUCUUUUAAGAAAAACUAGGGGAAAAUGUUUCAACUAGUUAUUCUUCCCAGUGGCUAAUGAAGCUGACUUUUAAAAAGAAGGCUGUGAGCUUUGCAGAUGCUGCUGCUGUGCUGCCUGGAGCCCCCUACUUCCAGCCAUGGUCAACCCCACCAUAUUCUUCAACAUUGCCAGUGAGCACUUGGGCUGUGUGUCCUUCAAGUUGUCGUAAGAGCCACGUGUUCACAUGUACCAUAGACCAGUAUUUCACUGUGGAAACCACGGGUGGCGUGGCAAAGGAGACGGUGUCCGUGACUGUGCCACUCUCUGCGGCCCCCUGCCGGCUGUCCUGCUUUUUCCACUUGUCGGUGUCUGGUCUGGCAUUCUGGGUUUCCCAGCAGAAAACCAAAGGGCCAGAGAGGUCUAAAAACACACUACUCGGCAGGGUUGUAUUAUGGGCUAGUGAGAAGUCUGGGAACACCAAGAUUUUGUGUGGACUGACUGCAGAUACCAGAUCCAGCAUUAUACAGGUACUCUUGGAUUUUUCUGAUAAGAACAGUAGCGAUUGCAUAAAAACAACAAACAAGAUGUACAGUGAAAGCAGUAAAAUAUCUUAGUAGACAGAGGGUGCUGGAAUUUUAACAAAUGUGUAAAGAGUUCUUCCUAUGCAUUAAUUUUCCAGAUACCCUUAAACUGUUUAAGGAAUAUCAUUCAAAAUACUGUUUAAAAGAGACAUGUGACCAUCAUCAAGAAAAUGUGAAUAAUUUAGUGUGCUGCUUAAACUUAGGUGUAAAUGUAUACGUACAUUAGAAGACUAAAAACUGGUAUUUCUUUAAAGCUUUCUAAAUGAAGAAACACUUAAUUAUUUGUAAUAGUUACAUUUUAGAAUCCCAAACUAUAUUUGAAAUAACUGCGUUCUACCCUGUUACUUAUUGCUGUCUUCUUUUUAACAGGUGAUUUGAAGAUUUUGAAGCUAGAAAUUGGAACUAGAAAAUCCCAAGAAUUCAAGGUGUCUUAACGUGAGGGUUGAAUGCAUUUGAUUACACUUAAAAGUUUAUUGCAGGUGCGGUGGCUCACGCCUAUAAUCCCAGCACUUUGGGAGGGCGAGGCGGGUGGAUCACGAGGUCAAGAGAUCAAGACCAUCCUGAUCAACAAGGUGAAACCCCGUCUCUACUAAAAAUUAGCUGGGCAUGGUGGCACAUGCCUGUAGUUCCAGCUACUUGGGAGGCUGAGGCAGGAGAAUUGAACCCAGGAGGCGGAGGUUGCGGUGAGCGGAGAUUGCACCAUUGCACUCCAGCCUGGGUAACAAGAGCAAAACUCCGUCUUAAAAAAAAAAAAAAGUUUACUGCAGUUAUUGAAUCUCAAUUUUUUUUUUUUUUUUUUUUUUUUUUAAGGGCAGUGGUGCCAUUGUAACUCACUUCAGCCUCCAUCUCCCAGGCUUAAGAAAUCCUCCCACCUCAGCCUCCAGAGUAGGUGGGAUUACAGGUGCAUGCCACACCGUUUUUUGUUUUGUUUUCAAUAUAAACGAAGUCUCACUAUAUCCUGCAGGCUGGUCUUGAACUCAAGUGAUCCUCCCACCUUGGCCUCCCAAAGUGCUGGGAUUACAGGUGUGAUUCACUAAACCCAGCCACCAAUUUUUUUUCCUUUAGGUAAACUUAUUUUGAAGAAGCUUUUGUUGGUGUUAAAAGUGUAAAUCUCAACUGUUUUAUAAAAUGUUCUAUAAAUAUAACCACUAUUCUUUGUAAGCUAUUUAAAGUCUUUCAAGUAAACACCAGUAUUGUGA